CAUACUUGCUUUAAUUUAUUCCUGGGGAAUUUACCCUAACCUUAACCAUUACCACUACAAUUAUACAUGCCUAACCCCAACCUUUGCCUCAUCUUUAACCGAUGGGGGCCAGUUUUAUUGUCUCAUAAUUUUUUACAGAAAACCUUCUAACCAUUUAUUACUGAGCCUGCCUAUUACUCUGCCUAUCCAUCCCAGUUUUGAAAUGUAACAUUUCAGUUGUGUUUCCUCACACGUGUUUGCACUGUCGUAUAUAAUAGGGUAAGACUUUCCAUCAGUGCUGUCUUGCACCACACUUACAUGGUGCAGGCUUUUAAGUUUCGGGUCAUCACUUCCGCCGGCUGCGUUGCCGGUGGCGCUCGCCGGUUCUGCGCUGCAGCCUGAGCUCUGUUUACUCUCUGCCUGUCCAAAAGUCAUGGGUGAACCGACCGCUGACCAAACGUGUAGCGCUUGUUGGCUCAGUCUGUUGCAGCGGCGCGCCCGCGACGAGCUAAACGUCACUGCAGCUGUGGAGUAAUCUCAGCGGGAGAGGAGGGCGAGUAUCGACGGGCCGAGAGUCUCCUGUAGCCAUCCUCUCUGCUCUGGUGUCAAAAUGGCCUCAAGACAGGAAGACGUUCCAGCACUUGAGCCAGGCCCAGCGUCCGGACUCUUCGGCCCCUUAUCGUCUCCUAUUGGAGUGUCUCGGCACAAUAUGAGCUAUGAUGAGCACAUGGAUGCCCCCAUGCAUUCACCACCUCCAGACAUGACUGUCAACAUGUUGUGGAAAGAUCCUGUCAUCCCACAGCACAAGUUCAGGAACACUGCAGAGGAGGGUGAGAGUGGUGGGAAGUUGCUGACUUUUGAGGCAGCAGCGCCAGCCAAGUCCCCAGUGCCUGUGGUGAAAGCCAAAGCCACCUCCUUAAUGAGCUCACUUAUGAUCAAGCAAACCCAGGAGAACCUCCAGAGGUUUGAGCACCAGGCAGGGCUGACAGACGCUGGUUAUUCUCCCCACAAGGGCCUCUCCGCUGAGGACACUUGCUUUCACCGACUGAGUGAGGGCACACUGCCAAAGUUGAGAAUGCCAAGCGGGGACUUCAAGGAGGACAGGCUUACAACAUCAGCACAAUCCACCCCAAGUGGCACCCCUUCUGUCACCCCCUCCGUCACACCCUCCGUCACCCCCUGCGUUAGUCCCCACGCGUCUCCGGCUGCUAGUCGCAGGAGCUGGUUCCAGCUGAGCCCUGUGCCUUUUCUUGCCACCCCAGAGCACAGUCCAAACCCCACCACAGACAUGGGAGGAAAUGAGGGAGGAGGUGGAGAGAAGUGGAGCUUCUUUGGAACUCGGUCUGUGGUACAGAAGUCCCCCACUGACCCAGGUUCUGAAACCAACACAGGCUUUUCACUGCAGUCCUACUUUGGCCUGCAGAAGUCCUCUACCAUGGAUGGCACCAACACCCAGGUCAACCUCAGGGUGGAGGACCCUGCCAACUUCAUGCCACCCAAGAUUGAAAUUUCGGGCAUUGAGGCCAAGCGGGUGCCCCCACGGCCACACAAACUUAAACCUCGGGACAUGAAUGUUUUAACACCUUCUGGCUUCUGAAGCCUGACCAGCUUUGUAGUUACACCUCUGUACCAUAUCCUAAGUAGUUCUUUUUUUUUCUCUCCAUCUGGUUCCUCAUUUGCUUUCCUGGCUUCCUCUGUCCCCUCUGCCUCCCUGCAAAUUCACUGGGGCUGAGAGGAAUGAGGACCCCUACAGUAUUAGCUCAGCAGCCCCAGAGACAUUGCCUCAUUGUUACUCCUCCCAGUGGACAUAAUCAGAUGGUUUGCUAUCUUCUAUUAGUCCAUACCAUCCCAUUCUUAUCUAUUCCAGCUCAUUGGUCCAAAUAAAAUACCAAAUGAAGUAAUUUCAUUUGUCAUCCAUAAAGAUGUUACGGCUUUGUAUUAUUAUUAUUCUCUUACAUAAUGGGUGCAAUGGCAUGAAUUGCUUUGCUGUCCUCGUUCCAUUGUCAGUGGUGGCAUGAGAUUGAAGUCAUUGAAAUAUCUUGUCAGCCCCUUGCUAAAUUUGAUCACUCUAGCAUUACCUCUCAUACUAAAACUGACCAGCUAUUUUAACUCAUAAUGCCUCAUUUGAAUUUUUUUAUUUUAUUUUAUUUUAUUCUGAAUAACCUCACAUUUUUGUACUUGUGUAGUGCUUUCUCUGUUAGCAUGCAGAGUAUAGUGUGGUAUGACUGAUAUUGUGCCUAAACUUGCGGCGUGUUUGCUUUUGGCUUUCUUGCCAUCUAAGUUCAGCUUUUGUUUUUGUAUUAUGUGGAAGAGCGUCUGAUUUUACUUUGACAGUAUGACUGCUGACCUGAAGUGAUUUUUAAUUUUUAUUAUUAUUUCAACUUAAGUAUUUUCAUAUUUUUCUGUUUUAAUUCACUUUUGUUCAUUCUAAAUAGUAGGUAGUAUAUUUCAUUUAUUCAUUUUUAUAUUGCAUCACAAUAGUGUUUCAACAUGCUAUAAAGAUACAAAGCAUUGAAGUGGUAAUUUUCACGUGUGUGUGUGUGUGAGUUUGUGUGUGUGUGUGUGUGUGUGUGUGUGUGCGCGCGUGUGUCACAAUACAAGAAUCCCUGCUGUUUUAUUUGAAAAAGUUGAAUUCCAAUACGUAAUUGCACAAGGGAGGUUUCUCCUAAUUACAUCUGUAAAUAAAUCUGACAGUAACAAGAAAAA